AUGACCUGUGGCGCGGUAGGAAUUAUUCUCGGGAGUAUCGUGGCGGCGAGCUCCCACAGCUUGGCCCAGGUGACCGUGGGCCGUGUGAUUCUCGGCUCUGGCAUCCAGUUUAUGACCGUCGCGGCGCCAGCAUACUCCAUGGAAAUUGCACCUCCCCAGUGGCGAGGUCGCUGCACCGGAUUCUACAACUGCGGUUGGUUUGGUGGUUCCAUCCCGGCGGCCUUGGUGACCUUUGGAUGCCAGUACAUUGACAGCAACUGGUCCUGGAGAAUCCCGUUUAUCUGCCAGUGCUUCGCAUGCCUCAUCGUCAUCAGCUCGGUGUAUUUUAUCCCCGAGUCUCCCCGAUACCUCUUCGCGGCCGGCCGGGAGCAAGAGGCCAUUGAUUUCCUGACCAAGUAUCACGGAAGCGGCGACCCCCAAUCACGCCUGGUGCAGUUGGAGGUGGAGGAAAUCCGCGAGAGCAUUCGGCAGGAGCUUCAGGACAAGAAGAUUGCCUGGUGGGAUUACAGCUGCCUGAUUGACUCACACCAGAGCCGCUGGCGCUCCCUGCAAGUGCUCAUGAUGGGUGUCUUUGGUCAGUUCUCCGGUAACGGCCUCGGCUACUUCAAUGCGAUGAUCUUCAGCGAGCUCGGCGUCGAGACCACCGCUCAGCAGCUCGGCUACAACGUGCUCAACUCGGUGCUGGGGGCCAUCGGUGCCGGAACCGCCGUGUCGCUGACGGACCGCAUGCCCCGUCGCAAGGUGCUGGUCUACGGAACCUUCGCCACUGCUUGCAUGCUGGCCAUCAACGGCGGUGCCAACCGCGCAUUUGGCAUGGACAAUAGCAACACAAGCGCCGGUCAGGCCGCGCUGGCAUUUUACUUCCUCUUCAACGUCGUCUACUCCUUCACCUAUACCCCGUUGCAGGGCGUCGUCCCCGUCGAGGCGCUUGACAACACGCGCCGCGCAAAGGGGCUGGCCUUCUACGGCUUCCUGACCGGCUCUCUGGGCUUCGUCAACCAGUUCUGCACUCCCAUCGCGAACCGGACUAUCGGAUUGAACUAUAUCUGGGUCUUUGUUGGCUGGGAUUGCGUCGAGGCGGCUCUGUGGUAUUUUUUUGGUGUGGAGGCUCAAGGUCGUACUUUGGAAGAACUCGAAUGGGUUUACACCCAGCCCAACCCAGUCAAGGCUUCCCAGCGCGUCGACCGAGUCGUGCAGCAAGCCGAUGGCACGGUUACCGAGAAGAUUGUCGAGCACGACUCCUGA